AGCAGGGGUAGAUUAGGAGAGAGAAGUGCAAGAGGACUAUAUCCACAUGAGUAGAGACACCGAGUGACUGACGGAACUGACACAUUGUGGACUGUACUGUGAAGCGAGCAGAGUUAUGUACUGUGCUCAUCCUGUCUCAAGCGCAGGCGGCAACUCACACAUGUAUUGCUACAACAUGAAGCCCAUUUAUGGGCAGUCUCCCGGGAGUGAUGACUUCAGCCAGAACUCAUCUUUACAUCCGUCCAACAAGGUCUCCAAUAAUGUGUUUGCCAGCACUUUUUUUGAGGGCACAAGCAAUUUGCCCGACAUCUGGAGUGCCGUAAAUGGGCUGAACCAGCAUGGCUAUGAAGGUGCACUGGGAGCAACCAGCAACCACCAAACGCAAGCGGGGAACUACAGCAGUCUGCAGCCGCAUGGACACCUGGACUAUUCUCCACACUCGGCAAUUGCAGCAGACAUGAACAGAGCUCUCCCUCCCAUGUCCACUUUUCAUCGCAACAAUGUAUCAUCGCACACCUCGUCGAUCAACACAACAGACAAUUCCACCGUCUCAGGAAACCACACAAAUGUGCCAGGAGGGUCACAGACAGGCGAUACAUUGGGCAAAGCUCUGGCAUCUAUUUAUUCCCCCGAUCACACCAGCAGCAGUUUCCCUUCCAGCUCGUCCACGCCUGUGAGGUCCCCAUCGCCUCUGCCAAACGCCAGCGAACCUGCAGGAACCAAUAUGUGGCCCCGAAGCUCAGUACAGACUCCUGGGUCGCCACAUUAUGAGUCCUCACUUAUAUCCAUGUCUCAGGUAGAGGACAGACUGGACAGAUUGGAUGAUGUGAUCCACGUUCUGAGAAACCACGCCGUGGGUCCCAUGCCCAGCCUGCCUGCUGACAUCCACAGCCUGCUGAACCAGAACCUCCAGGGCCGACCGAACCCCGCCAGCACGCUGCCACUCACGUGCCACACCCCAACUAUGGUUGAAGCUGUUACCAUGAAUAACAACCACUCAGCCUUCCAGGGCCGCACACAGAACGGACAUCCGUACCCCGCUAGACAGGGGACCCCGCUGGAGUCCAUGCCAAGAGGAUGUCGAGGGGGUUUGGGAAUUCCAGGAAAUGUGGAUCUGAAGAUGGAAAGGAGCGAGAGAGAAGAUAUGAUGCACACCAGUCACAGCUCUGACAGUCAAAGGUCAGAUGAGGAAAGCGAACUCAAAUCGCAUGGAGACAACAGCACGCGGGACAGUAUCCACGAGGACGAAGAUCUGAGUCCAGAACAGAAGGCCGAGCGUGAGCGUGAGAGGAGGAUGGCCAACAACGCUCGGGAGCGUCUGCGCGUCCGCGACAUCAACGAGGCCUUCAAGGAGCUGGGUCACAUGUGUCAACUGCAUCUGAAGAGUGAGAAGCCGCAGACAAAGCUGCUGGUGCUGCACCAGGCUGUGUCCGUCAUUCUCAGCCUGGAACAACAAGUCAGAGAGAGGAACCUCAACCCGAAAGCGGCGUGUCUGAGAAGGAGAGAGGAAGAGAAGGUGUCUGCUGUCAUGACAGAUGUUCAGUCCAUGCAUGUCGCAUUUCAUCCAAGUCUGAGCGACCCUGCAAACCCAAUGGGCCAUCUCUGAGGCUCCCUGCAGUCAACAAUUCCCAACAAUUUACCAAUAUGGACUUCCAACAUCACCUUUAUGAGGAUAUAUUUUUAUUAAUAUUUGGUUGUUGACACAGUGUUGAAGGAGCUCUAAAUUGUGUGUGUGUGGGGGAUAUAUAGUACACUCAAAAAAUGUUAGGGAUAAUUGAAUUGGCUUUCAAGAUGAUCCAAAAAUGCACUAUAUCCUAUAGAUGAGCUUCAUUUGACCUUCUGUAAACAUUCCAAUACACAUUACACCAACCAUUAAUGCAGCAUCGGCAAAUAAUGGGAGCCAGAAUUAUUUAAAUACAAUUAUAGCAUUCCACAAAGAAAAAAACUAACGGGAACCCAACUGUAAUCAUUUUAGCUCUGUUUCCCAACAUUCUUCCUUUCAAAACGGUUGCUGACUCUGUCUCAGAGAAGGACUCCACAAGGGGGCGCAAUUUCCAUGUACAAAAGCCACACGAUAGAAAACAAAUUUCACACAUAUUUCUGCUGCCAUAAGUCAGAAUGUGCCACUAACACCAAUUGAUUGAGUUGUUUAAAAAUACUGAAACAUUGAACAGCUGGACAUUUCUAACAAAGGGCAAUAUAUAAACCUUUAACUUGGUUAUAGUGCAUUUUAGGCUACUCUUGGAAUUGUUAUAAGUAUGAGCACAUUUUGAAAAAACUGUUCGAUACUUGAGUCUGUGUCUAAAAUGAGCAUCAGAGACUCUGUAAAGUGUCGAUGCAGUUGAACAAUCACCCCCUCGCUUCUCCAACACACUUCUAACUUUGUGCCUGAAAGUAUACUUCGAACAGACAAAUGCAUUGUAACUUGCAGAUGUUUUGUACAUUUUUUUGGUAUAUUUAUUAUCUUUCCUGGAUGGAUGAAACGCCGUUGUAGCAAGGUGUCAUCUGCACUUUGGCAGACAGUUUGAUAGCGUAUUUGCCCAAAUGGCAGACGUGACAUUUCGUGCUCAGACAGCAGAUUUAUUUGUUCUGUGGCUUGUGAGUGUGGAAGUUGCUGUGAGUUUAGUGUGUGUGCGUGUGUGUGUGUGCGUGUGUGUGUGCGUUUCAGGAGUUGGCCCAUUCUGUGAAUGAACAGAUCUCCAAGAAUGUUUUAAUUAGCAUCCUAUCUAUUGAAGCUGUUCUUUUAUUUGGAUGUUUAGCACUGUUAAGAACAACACUGGUGGGCAAAAACAAAACGUUUGUCACUGACAUCAUUCCUUUUCAGAGCAAGCCAAAUGUGUGUGUGCGUGUGUGUGUGUGUAUCUGCGCAUGUUUAGGACAUUUUUCCCCCCCUAAGUUAUGUAACUUAACUUUUAUACAAACGUCUGUAAAUGCUUUUGUCACUCUUGAUUUUACAAAGGAAACAUUGAGCAGUUUUAGACUCGAUUCAUGUUUUGAGUAAUAUGUUUAUGCAGAAUGGUGUGUUUAUUGUUUUUCUGAACAAAUCUCAAAUAAUCAUAAAAAAAAUCUGCUAUUAUAAAAUGUACAGUAUGUGUACAGUUUAAAUUAGCCUAAUGGCUUGUGUCUGCAUACAUAGCAAUACAUGUUUUUCUUGUUCUUGA